AUUACUUCUCUCAUGCUUCUUCCCGCGAGAAUUUUUCUUCUAAACAUUUAAUUUGCCGACUAUUUUAUGAUGUGAUAUGAUGAGAUAUGUGCGGUCGAUUGUAUAUAUUCGUGGCUCAAUUUCUUGCUCGUAUUGCUUGCAGUUUUUUCAAGCGGCAUUAAUCGUAAAGGAGAUAGACGAAAUAUUACGAAUAAGUGUGUUCAUUAUCGGUCACGUCUUUUAUUUAUUCUUGGGUAAUUACGUUGGGCAAAUUUUAAUUGACCAUAGUGUUGGUAUUUUUGAGAAAACAUACCUCACGCGAUGGCAUGAUGCCCCUUUACGAGCGCAAAGGUUACUGCCGCUUAUAAUGCAAAGAAGCAUGAGAAGCUGCAAGAUGGUUGUGGGCGGCAUGUUCGUCCCGUCAUUGGAAGGCUUCGCAGCGCUUAUGAGUACGACUAUGUCAUACUUUACGGUACUCUGGUCUGUAAACAAGUAACGAUAUUAGUGCUACGAAACGAUCAUACCGUUUACGAUUCAUAGUUAUUAAAUCAGUAGAAAAGUUGAAAAAAAAGAUAAUCGUAAUAAUCACAAGAUGGCUAUCAAAACUUCUUUACCUAGAUUUUCAAUAUUUCACAAUAAACAUGACGAAGACAUAAAACAAUUUAAGAUAAAUAAACAAUAAUUUCACAUCAAGCGUUUCUUUUUCUCUCUUCGUAUCUAUUCAUAUACAGUAUAUUCAUGUUUUACUGAUAAAAUUACAAAAUUAACGAAAAGUUUGAUACUUUUAACAUCAAUGUUAUCAGAACUAUGUCUACCCAAUCGCCGAUAUAUUAAUAAUGAUUUUUAAAACAUUGCUUUCACGUGUACGAUAUAAACAAAAAAAAAUACAAGACUAUCUAUUCUUUUCAAAAAAUGAUGCGCGUGUCGUAUUUUAAAGAAAUAUAUCAGGACGUUUUCUUUUAGAGGAUAUUCACUCAAACGUACACUGUAUUUUUAAAAUACUGUCGAGAUACACAUGUUGCUGUACUAAAAGCGUUCAUUGUACUUCAACGCGAUGUGUAAGUAUCGACGACUCGACGAAGUAUGAGGAGGAGCGUACACGAUCGGACAUAAGAAAAUUGUCCUCUCAUAAAAGCAGACUUCUCGAUUACGCAACUUAGUAAAAUUUUCUCCACGUAGCAUUUUCACAUACAUAAUCGUAACGUAAUGUAAUAGAUAAUCGUUGUCUUUUUUAUAAUAUGUAGAUUUUGUAAAUUGGAACUGUAAAUUGAGAGUCAUCGCGCGUAUUCAGCAUUAAUCUUAUAUUAGUGUAAGAGGUGCAUUAUAGCGAAAAAUAAAAUAAAUACAAUAAAUGAGAAGCGCGGUCGGAGAGCGCGUAGGGCUACUUCUUCGUCUUUGAGGGCAGAAACAUUUUGACCGUCGCGAAGAGA